CCAUUUCAUUAUUUGUCUUAUUAUCUUCUCAAAGAUCACACUAUUUUCACUCUUUCUCUUUAAUUUCUCUUCCCACACACAACACAAGCAAACCCACUAAGCUUCAAAACCGUUUAUCUUCCACUCUUCAAAACCCUUUCAGAACCCUCUCAUUUUCUUCCAUACCUCUAACCGCAGAAGCGCUUUUAAUUUCUGUUUUCGUAUUUAGUGGAGGCAUGGAAAGGGCAUUGGUUGUUGCCAACCCUAAAAAGAGGAAACUCAUGAUUAGUGAUGACGAUGACGAUGAUUUUGGAAUACGAAGAAGAGAGUUCAGGUUCAAAGUUUUGUUGCCGAAUGGAACUAGUGUGGAAUUGACAGUGUGGAGUGUAGAAACUGAGAUGCAUUUUGAGGAUUUUGUUGGAUUAGUUCGAGAAAAGUAUUUGGAACUUCGGAAAAAAUAUGAAUGGAUGAAGAAGAAAAGGGAUAUAAAUUGGAAGGGAAGUGGUUUGUAUCUUGAGGAUGCUGGUGAUAAUAAGAUAAAAAAUGUUAUCGAGUUAAAAAAUUUCAUGCCUCGGAAGUGCCAUAUUUUGCGCCUUAAUGAUGGGAGUAGCGAUGUUGCUCAGACCUUUGAGAAUAUGUGGGACUUAACACCGGAUACAGAUUUGCUACUGGAGCUUCCUAAAGAAUAUAAUUUCGAAGCUGCUAUUGCUGACUUGAUUGAUAAUGCUUUGCAAGCUGUGUGGUUCAACGGGAAAAAUAGUCAGAAGCUAGUCAGAGUAAAUGUUACUGACGAUAAGAUUUCAAUUUUUGACAAUGGUUCUGGAAUGGAUGACUCCGAUGAGAAUUCACUAGUAAAAUGGGGAAAGAUGGGUGCUUCGGUUCACAGAUUAUCAAAAUCAAUGGCUAUUGGGGGAAAGCCCCCAUACUUAAGGCCUUACUUUGGGAUGUUUGGAUAUGGAGGGCUUGUAGCAUCCAUGCACUUGGGGAGGCGUACUCGUGUUUCGUCCAAAACAAAACACGUAAAAGGUGUUGAUAUUAACAAACUCCAGUGCCGCCUCAAGGACAUAUAUUUCCCCUACAUUCAGGCUGAAAUUGUCUGGAAGAACGAUAUUUCAUACAAAUCUAUAUUUGGAUGUUGGAGGUUAGCAAUGCCUCCGCACAACAAAAAAAGGAGGUUAGCAACGCCUCCGUGUCCUCAACAACGUAAUCAAAUAGAUUGCGGGUAUUUCAUGUUGAGGUUUAUGCGAGAUACUCUUGCUUUUGGCCGAUUAAAGAUUCCCACCGAUUACUUUGAGGAAUUCAAGUGUGCAUUUUAUACAAAGGAUCAAGUGGACGAAAUCAAAGAGGAGUGGUGUCAAUUCAUGAUAGAGCUCAAUGUUUGUUCAUAAAUUUGUGUAAUUAAUGUGUACAUUUGUAGUAUAUGUAAUGACUUGUAAAUGUGUACAUAAAUUUGUAUAUA